AUGGCCUUCCCGCACCAGCUGACACUGAGCCUGGCCUUCCUGCCGCAGGCCUGUCUUGCGGGAAUGUCGCCGAUCCUGUCCGACCACUACGACACAUUCAAGGAUGUCAUGUUUGCCUUUAUCUGCUUCCAGUCCGAGAAGGAAGAGGUCCAGAACAUGGGUGGGGCCUGCCUGGCCUACCUCGUGAUCAUCCAUGUCUUCUGCUUCUUCGUCGAGGAUUUGACGACGGAGCUGCUGAGCUCACACCUGGCAGUGCUCCUGCUCACCCCUGACGCAGGAGACAGUGUGAAUCUGGGUGAAGAGCUGUUGAUUGUCCUCUACAAGCAGCUGACUCCUACGAAAAGGUUCCUUCUUCUUCUGGAGAACGUGCCGCAGGCGCUCGCCGCGCUGUUCUACUUGCGGCGCGAGGGUGGAUCCACCGUGGUCGCCGCGCUGAAUUUGGCCAUCCCCACCAUACAGGUCCUAGUGACGUUGGUCCUUUUUGGCCCCGUUCGAGCGCAGGUGGCCGGCUAUUACGGCCGGAAGCUGCGGACCCUGGUCGCGUCUGGAAAUGACAUCAUGGCCCGGCGCAUCUGGCGCGAGGCCGACUUUGAGAAGGACGAGGGCCUGUAUCUCAGAGCCCUUCCGUGGAUGCAUCCUGCGCACGACUCCGAGGUCCUGAUGCUACGUGCCCAGAUGCUGCGUGGACUGUGGAAGGCCACCGUGGCUCCGGAGGUCCAAGAUGUUGCCCAGGACUUUGAGAAGACGGAAGGAGACCUCCAGAAUUUGGGCAUUGGAGCAUCAGGCCUUGUCCAGGCCCUGUGCUCAGCCCUCGAGAAGGGAACUUUUACAGGAGAGGAGCUGAACUUGAAUAACAACGGCCUCCAGGAUGAGCACAUGAAGGCACUCUGCGCCGUCUUCGAGAAGUGCAGCUGCCUGAAAGACGUGCAAUCCCUCAGCUUUCGCAACAACUCCAUCGGGCCAGAUGGCGCCAAGGCCAUCUGCCACGUGGUUGCGCAGAGCAGCAUCAAGCACCUGGACCUGUCUGGAAACGGAAUCGGAGAUGAAGGCAGUAACGUGGUGACCUCAAAGCCUGAUAAAGCAGCAAUAAGCAGCAUCUUGUUCCGGAAGAUGCCAAACCGACAUAAGGCCAUUGCCAAGUGCAUCGAGAAAAAGCCAGACUUUGAGAACCUCGGCAUCGAGUUCAACAACGUCACCGACCAGGGCGUCGAGGCGAAGGGAUGUGCCGAACAGAAACGGAAAAAAGGGACAUAG